AUGUUACCAAUACAAGAAUUACAACCAGAUUAUUAUAUUGCAAUUGAUUUUGAAAUUGAUGAAAAAGGUCAUCAACCAACAUCAAAAUCGGAGGCCCAUUUAGAGAAAUUAUUAGAAUUAUUAUAUGAUAAAGGAUUUACUGCUCAAAUUAGACCAGGUGAUGUUUCUACAUUACUAAUAUUUAUAAAAUUACAAUCAUUUAAAUUAAUUGAAUUGACCGAGAAAGACUUAAUUAAAAAUUAUGAAUUUGGAGUUACUUCAAAAGAUAAUACAUUUAGUGCAAAAUUAAGAAUUAUUUAUGAAUAUUUAGUUUCAAAUGGUAAUGAUCAAAAAGAUCAUGUUGAAGGGUUAGGUUUAACUCCAGGAAUUGGUAGAUGGCAUUUUAUUAAAACUAUUGUUCCAAUAACUGAUGCGUUUGAUGAUACAACAUUGAUUGAAGAUUUGAAAAUAAAUUUUACUCAAACUUCAUUAUCUACAAAUCAAAUUAAAAAAGAUUAUGGUGUUAAAAUUGCUUUAUAUUUUGAAUUUUUAAAGAAUUAUAUUUUUUGGUUAGGUGGUUUAUCAAUCUUUGGUAUAUUUACAUAUUUUAGAAAAAAUGGUCAUGUUUAUUCCUUGACUUAUACUUUUAUUAAUCUUAUUUGGAGUACUUUCUUUUUAGGUUUUUGGAGAAAGAAACAACAAUAUUUGGUUAAUUCUUGGGGUGUUCAAAAUUGUCAUUCAAUUGAUCAAUAUAAUGAACAAUUAAAUCAAGUGAAUGAAAAAUUUGAAACUAAAUCAACAUAUUUUCAUAAAGAUAAUAGUAGUGGUAUUAGAUUUAUUAAACAAUUAGCAUUUAUUCCAAUUGCAUUAGUUUUCACUGCAAUUUUAGUUUCUUAUCAAUUGGGGUGUUUUGUCAUUGAAAUCUUUUUAACUGAUAUUUAUGAUGGUCCUGGAAAAUCAUUGUUAACAUUAUUACCAACCGUUUUAAUCUGUGGAUUUAUUCCAAUCUUAACGAUUGUUUAUAAUUUUGUUGCUGAUUUUAUGAUUAAUUUAGAAGAUCAUCAAAAUCAAUAUAGGAAGAAUAAUUCAAUUUUGUUAAAAGCAUUUGUUUUAAACUUCCUUACUAGUUAUAUGCCAUUGAUUAUUACUUCAUUUGUUUAUUUACCAUUUGCACAUUUAAUUCAACCACAUUUAGGUGACAUCAGAAAUGAAAUUAGUAGUUAUGUUGGAGAAAAUAGAUUCUACUAUAAAUACUUAACUAAAUUGAAAUCUCAAAAAGAGUUUCAAAUCAAUCAAAAAAGAUUAGAUUCACAAUUUUUCUACUUUAUUGUUACAAAUCAAGUUUUACAAUUAUUUUUAAAAUAUGUAUUACCUAUUAUAAUCACAACAGGUAUGAAAUUUGUAAAUACCACUAUUUUGAAAAAACCACAAUUACAAACUAAGAAUGAUGAUGUCAACGAAUCAAUUUGGUUACAUAACGUUAGGUUAUCGAUUAAUUUACCUGAAUAUAACGUAGAUGAUGAUUUUAGAAGUAUUAUCUUACAAUACGGUUAUUUAAUUAUGUUUGGACCUGUUUGGCCAUUAGCUCCAUUAGUUUCAAUUAUCUUCAACUUAUUAAUUUUUAAAUUAGAUAUGUUUAAAUUAUUAAAUGGUAAAUAUUUUAAACCACCAAUUCCGAAAAGAGUUGAUUCAAUUUAUCCAUGGAAUUGGGCAUUGUAUAUUUUGACAUGGUUAGGUACUAUUAUUUCUCCAAUUGUUACUGCAUUUUAUCGUCAUGGUACUAAACCACCUAAAACAAUGGGUCAAUUUGCAUUUGAUAAAGCUAGUGUUCAUGUUUCACUGAGUGUUUAUUUAAUUGGAUUAGUAUUUUUAACUGAACAUAUUUUUAUUAUUAUCAAUUAUGUAUUUUAUAAAUUUACAAACUUGUUUAAAUCACAAAUUGAGUGGGAAAAUGAUUUUAUUGAUAAUGAUAUUAAAUUAAGACAUGACUAUUAUUCAGAUAAAGUUAAACCAAAUUUUAUAAUCCAUGAAGAUAAAAGAUGGGAUAAUUUUACAAUUGAACAAGCUUUAAAAUUUAAUCAACCAAUUGCUGUUUCACCAGAUGAAGUUGUUGAUAUGUCACCAAAAUCUGAAAAGCAAAGAGAAAAACAAAUUGAAACUAAAGAAAAAUUAUUAAAACAAAAGGAAAAAGAAUUGGCUGAUUUAGAAUUAAAGCAAAGACGAGGUUUGGAAAAGAUUAAAGAUCCUCAAGAUGAUAUAAUCGUUAGUAAAAAUGAUGCAAAUUCAGAACCUAAAUUAGCUACAAUUGACAAUCAUCCACAUGUUUCUGAAUUAGAUAAAACACAACCAAAUAAAGGUGGAGUUGUUGAAAAUCAUGGUGAAAUUGCUCAACCAUUUGUCCCUAAUAAUUUAGCUGCAAAACAUAAUUAUUCAGCUAACGAAACUCCUGAUGGUCCGAUACAUAAAGGUGCUACAACUGCAACAUCAGGUGGGUAUUCUUCAUCAUCAUCUAAUUUAACUAAAAAUUCAGUUAAUAUAAUUAAUGAUAAAAAUGAUUAUAAAAAAGUUGCAAAUAAUGCAGAAGAAGAAUCAUCAAGGAAAAGUAAAGGUUUAAAAAAAUUAUUUAAAAAAUAG